AUGGGUGUCGUGAUUGACGGCAACGAUCCAUUGCCUCUCACCCCAACAUCUUCAUCCAUUUUGCAUAGCGGUACAGGACCCAAAGCAACAAAGGGAUAUUACUAUGUCAAGAUGAAUGAUGGUGACGAAAUUACUGACCGAGAAUCAUUCGAGCGAAAGCCAACCGAGGAAUCAAUGAACGAGUUUUUCAACAUCACAUGGAAUACUAAACGUGUACGUCAAUUGCCUCAGCUUUAUUCACCUAUGCCCUAUAUCCAUCGCAUCCAAAGUGAUCUACAUCCUAUCGACCAAAUCCCCACUUUUCAUUUUACCGGUGAUCAAAAUGAACUUGACAACAUGCAUGAGAAUGUCAAAGAAGAAAUCACUGUGUCGACCAAUCUGACUUAUAUUAGGGUGGAUGGUACAAAGACAUUUAGUCAAGUGAGGAUCAAGAUUGGCGGUCGAAAUGCUCGGAGAUACCCUAAGCUCUCCUAUAACCUAAAGUUGAACCAGGGGGAUCUUUAUGGGUUUACAAGACUCAAGUUGAGAGCACUUGGCUCCACUGAUCCUGCAUACAUCCGUGAAGACCUAGCAUACAAAACCUUGGUAUCAAUGGGAGUCGCCACCACUUAUUCAUCCUUUGCAAGAGUAUUCUUCAACGACAAGCCUUUGGGUAUCUAUGGAUUGAUUGAGCAUUACAAGCCAUCUUGGUUGAGUGAAGAGUUUGCUGAUGGCAACAAGCAAUAUCAACAUGGUUCUUUGUACCAAGGAGCUCGCCGUACACCUCAAUCGGAUGAGCAUGAUGAACACAAAUCUGAUCUCAGCUACUACGAUGGGAAUGAUGCCAUGUAUGAGGAUGGCCAAUACCGUAUCAAGGAAGAGCCUCUCGGUCAAAAAUUGGGAUAUGGACCUCUCAUUGAUUUCACCAAGUUUAUACAUGAUGCACCAAACGAUGCAAAGUUAUGGGUCAAGCGUUUUGAUGUAGAAGGAUUUAUUCGCAACAUGGUGGCCGAAUUCUACCUUGGGUUUUCGGAUGGCUUUUGGGUCAAUGUUAACAAUUACUUUUUGUAUCAAGAACCCGAAACAAAGAGGAUGAUCUAUAUUCCUUCAGAUACCAAUCGGGCAUUAGGGAACACCCAAUACAAGAUGGAAAAGAUGUUGACAGGCAACAUGACCGAAUUUGCCACCAUGGCAGACAAGUCCCCAUUGUCGUAUCGCUUGUUUGGUAUCCCUGAAUUUGAGAAACGUUUCCAAGAAGUGUCUCGGGAUGUGGUGAACAAGAUUUUCAACAUGAAAGCCAUGGGUCCCGUAAUUGAUGAUACCGUUGCCAUGAUACAAGAGGACGUAGCAUGGGACCAAACAUUGGAAUUUCCUGGCAAAUUGAACAUGCCGCGUGAACGCAAAGAAGGAGAACCCAUCAAUGUACGAAACACUGACACCGCUUAUGAUUGCUGGGUGGUGGCACGUGAUGGCAUCCCAUUCAAAAAAGCUGUAUAUGGUCCUGUCACAGGUCAUUUAUCUACCAUUGGUGUGGUGGAGUGGAUCAGGAAAAAGGUUCAGGCUGUCAAGGCUUUCUAA